UUUUUCAAAUAAUCAUUCGAUCUCAACAAAAAAAUCAAACGUGUGAACCGUUAAGAGGGCAUUUUAUUAAUAACAAAUUAACCCUUAAAAAUGGAUGCAAAAUUUCGAGUGUGUUGUGUUUUAAUGUUUUUAGUUUUGACGGAUUCUAAGACCAAUGCCGUCGGUGAGAUUCUUGAAAACACAGUUGCAGGCGUUAAAGACACAGUCAAAUCUGCCAACAGCCUCAUAUUGGAAGCCGUAGAGAAUACAAUAGAAGCAGGGAAAGACAGUAUUGAGCGUGUUCAUGAACUCCACGAAAAGUUACUCGAUCCUUAUAAAAAGGUCAUGUCAAUGUUUAAGAUAGACAAAAUGGAGGAUUUUACUGAAAAUGUUUUGGAUAAAGUUCUUGAAAAGUUUGUGGAUAAAUUUCAUUGCAAGUUUGGGAUAAUGAAACGUUCGUUGUCAUGUCAAUCGACCAUGUGUUUCAACGCAAGUACCCUCCUGCCGGUGCUCAACCGGGGCCUCCCAUACGUCACCAGGGACGGGUUCGAGUCCCUGAGCUCGGUGCUGCUAUACUACGUCUCGAACAUGAAACUGUACUGCCACACGAACAUCGAAAUCGACCACCUGGAGGAUAUACAGAAACAUCAGCUUGACGUCAUACAUGCGUUUAGCGGGGGCGCGUCCGGGUUCCUCCGCCUGGAGAAGGUACAGGAGGCACUGGAAGAGCUCGAGGACACAUAUGACGAUUACAACGACAAGCGGGAGGACCGGAAACUCUCCCUGAACGACCUACUGGAGACGGACGACAUCCUCAAGGGACUAAGCCACAAGCACGACGAUCACCAUGACGACGACGGCCACGAUCACAGACGAAAACGAGGCACAAACGACCAUCCUCAUGACGUCAUAGAAAAGGCUUCUGAUGUGCUCGAAAAGCGCAAAGGUGAUCAUGAACACGACAUUGACUUUAAAGGUCAUGACGAUGACGAUCAUGAUGACAAAAAAGACGAUCACGAUGACGAUGAGUCUCACGAUGAUGAUGAUCAUGACGAUGAUGAUGACGUCAUAAAGAAAAAGGCAAUUAUUUAA